AUGAAUAUAACGUCCCUUUACUGUUACUCACUUUCCUCUCUCCUCCGGAACUUGGUCCUAAUUGCCAACCUACCCCGCAACAAAGUCAUCGCCGUAACAGGCAGCUCCUCAGGCAUUGGACGAGUAAUCGCAGCGCGGUGCGCGCAUGAAGGGGCCACAGUGGUGCUGCACCAUCGCGGCGACACCCAAAGCCUCGCAGACGCCGAGUGCCUACACAACGAGCUCACGCAAUCCGGGCCCGUGAUACUAGAUGGCCAACAGACCUCCCACCUGGUCAUCGGAAGGGACCUCACCUCCGGCAGCGCAGGCAGUGACCUGAUCAACCAAACCGUCUCAGCAUUCGGGCGGGCCGACGUGCUGGUCAACAACGCAGGGAUCUGCCAAUUUACGCCGGCCGGUUCGGUGACGAAGCAGUCGCUGGCGAAGCACAUGAACAUCAAUUUUAUGGCAGCGUAUCUACUCACGCAGGCAGCUACACAGCAGAUGAUCCGCCAAGGCCGAGGGGGCAGCGUGGUUUCGAUCUCGUCAACCACUGCCAGGUUCGGCUCGUCGAACUUGUCUCAUUACGGUCCCACUAAAGCAGCGCUGGUCGCGAUGUCCAAGUUCUAUGCGGUGGAGUUUGGGAAGCAUGGUAUCAGAUACAACUGCGUCUUGCCGGUGACUAUUCAGACGGCGAUGAAUGAACGUGAUCUGGCUGCUAAUGAACAAACACAUAACCAACUUAUCAACCUACCUCCAAAAGAUCCGCCCCCAGUACCUUUCUCUAACAAAACACCCCCGCCACAAGCCCUCGUCUCCGACUGGAAAGACAAAAUCAGGAGAACAAGACACAGGUCCCCGCUCAGCGACUCCGACCGCGACCAAAUCGACACUUCGACCUCCCUCGUCCUUCACGAUCUAAGUAACUCGAUCUCGACCCUAUCCAGCGCCGAGGCCCUCCGGCAUGAGACGGCGACGAGUAUCCUGAGGAAGAAAUACGGACGGUCGGUUGCGGGGCGGGUGCUUGCGAAAUGGGCUGCGGGGUCUGGGGCGCUUGAUGGUGAGAGUGAGGAGGGUAAAAGCGAGGAGCAGGUUAAGGAGGAAGAGGGGGUGAGGGUGAUGCAAGUAGUGAGGGAGAGUGUGGUUUGGUUUUUGAGGAGGGGUUUGGAGGAUGUGGUUUCUUUGCAGAGGGGGUUGGUGGAGAGGAGGAUCGAGAGGGUUAGUGAAAGGGAGAGGAGUGUGCUUUUCAAAGUUGAGACUGGGGCUUCGAAUGCUCGCACUUCUGCUACUGUUGCUGGGGGUUCGGGGCUUGGGGUGGAUGAUACGGUGGGUUUGAAGGGGGUUGCGAUAGAUGAGACCGAGGCGAGGGCCAUUGAGGAGGAGUUGUCGGCGGAGCAGCUGCAGCUUUUUGAGGCGGAGAAUGAUGCCAUGGUCAGGUAUUAUGAGGAUACCUUGAGUAAGGUCCAAAAUGCGGAGAAGUCGCUUUUGGAGAUCUCAUCGCUGCAGCAGACGCUGGUGUCGCAUCUUUCUACGCAGGAGGAGUAUAUUGGCCAACUCGUCACCGAUGCGGCGUCGACGGAGACGAAUAUCGGGCGUGGGAACAAGGAGCUCAAGAGGGCGAGUGAGCGGCGGAGUGCGGCGCAGGCGGUGUUCUGGGGCACGGUUGGGUUGUGUACUUCGUUGAUUGUCUGGGAUCUUAUCUUCUAGAUCCUUAUACAAUGUUGUGAUGGGGUGUAUUUUCCAUACUGUACUUAUACUACACGAUUAAUUCUCACGAGCUCCCACGACUGACGCAGAUACCUGAUCUAUAUUUAGGGGAUAUAUAACCGC